AUGCCUUCCGAUAAAUACGAACCUGGUAAUAAAAUCCUUUUAAUUGGUUCUUCAAAUACAAAACCAGAGCAAAUCGAAAAGACCAGAAUAGAAUAUCUAGAUCAGGUUACUGAAACUGGUACCGUUGACACAAAAACUUUGGAACAGUUGAAUCAUGAGACACUUCCAAAGUCCACUUACAAUGCAGUUCACGCAAACAAUUUCUCACCUAUAGCAUUUCAACACACACCGAAACAAUUAACACAACUAGCAUCUACUCUUAUACCAGGAGGCAUCUUGCAUCUCAAAGAGCCUAUUCUUCUUUCGCCACGUUCCUCCGCAGAUGGAAUAGAGAUUCCUGUCACGAGAACUACCCAAACUCUUAUUAUUGAAUUGAAAUUAGCCGGAUUCGUAGAUUUUAAUGUGAAAAGGGCGGCUAAAGUGGAACGAGAAGAACUUUCAUAUAUUGUUGAAUAUGUUUGGGGAUUUACCGGUGAUACGCGAAAUCAGUUGAUUGACUCACUAUAUGGACAAUUACACAUUGUGGCAAUUGAUGCAAAGAAACCUGAUUAUGAUGUUGGAACUUCGUUUGCUUUACCUAGAAAAGUUCUCAAUGGAGUAAAGAGCGAUAAUAACAAUAAGGCCGCAAUUUGGACUCUUUCUGUUGAUGAUGGAGAGGACGAGUUCGGUGAACUCGAAAAUGAAGAUAUAUUACUCGACGAACAAGAUCUGGUAAAACCAGACAAAAGUUCAUUAAUUAGACCUGAUUGUGAGACAAAUGGAAAGCGAAAAGCUUGCAAGAAUUGUAGCUGUGGUCUAGCAGAGCAAUUGGAAGUAGAAACGAAAUUGAAGAAUCCUCCUAUUUCGUCCUGCGGAAAUUGUAGCCUUGGUGAUGCUUUCCGUUGCUCAACAUGUCCUUAUCUUGGUAUGCCUGCCUUUAAACCAGGAGAGAAAGUAACAUUAGCUGGAAAUUUAAUGCAAGAUGAUAUAGAGAUUUGA